AUGGAUAAGUUUUUGAAUUCUAGUAGAAAACGUGAUAAUCCAGAAGUAAUUUCAAAUAUUGAAAAGAAACAAAAAAUCAGAAAAUAUGAUGAUAGUUAUUUGAAUUUCGGAUUUACUAGCACUGUUGUUGCAAACGUAGAACAUCCCCAGUGUGUUGUUUGUUUGAAAGUAAUGGCUGUAGAAAGUAUGCUUCCAAAUAAAAUGAAACGCCAUUUGGAGACAGUUCAUGGAAAUUUGGUGAACAAACCACGUGAUUAUUUCGUAUCAAAAUUAAAAGCUAUGGCUCAACAAAAACAUAUUUUUACAAAACAAGCUACAAUUCCUUCUAAAGCACUACUUUCUUCCUAUAAAGUAGCUUGGCGAAUAGCAAAGAGUAAAAAACCUCAUACUAUCCCAGAAAAUCUAAUUUUACCAGCCGCUAUGGAUAUGGUGUCUAUUAUGAUUGGGGAUGCUGCUGCUAAACAACUUCAAAAUGUGCCAUUAUCAGAUAAUACUAUUAGUCGUAGAAUACAAGAUAUGGCUGAAGACAUCAAUGAUCAAUUAAUUGAAAAACUAAUAGGAAAUGACUUCGCCAUUCAACUGGAUGAAGCAACUGACUGCCAUAAUGAUGCCCAUCUUAUUUGUUAUUUAACUGAAAAAAUUACUUCUUUUAAAAGAAAAUUAGUCUUGUGGAAGAAUAAAAUGGAUGAAGGUGCUUUAAAUGACUGUUUUCCCACAUUGUAUAUGUUCCUUCAUGAAAAUAAUUUAAACUUGAUAGAAUCUAUCAAAUUAGUAUUCAUGGAACACUUAUCACAACUUAUUGUUCACUUCCAAAAUUAUUUUCCCGAGGACGAUCAACAACGAAAUUGGAUUAAAGAUCCUUUUACUACUGAUCUACCGUCAGAAUUAACAAUUACUGAACAAGAACAACUGAUAGACUUGUACUCAGAUUCAGUAUCAAAAUCCAAAUUUGUAUCAUUAUCUUUACCAGAAUUUUGGAUAGCUAUGAAGAAGCAAUAUCCGAUCGUAGCCAAUAAGGCUAUCAGGACUUUAAUUCCAUUUGCUUCUUCAUACUUAUGUGAAACGGGUUUUUCGGCCUUAGCAGUUAUCAAAAGUAAAUACAGAGGAAAACUAAAUAACGAAAAGGAAAUGAGAAUCGCACUAUCAAAAUUUACCCCACGAUUUGAUGAUUUAAUGCAACAAAAACAAGCACAGCCGUCCCAUUAA